AAUGUCGUUAUGCUUUCGUCGUGAAGUUUUAUAAAUGCGAUUAUUGCAAACAAUUCCUCUGUUUUAGCGUCAAGUAAUCCUCGUUUGGUUAUAUAUAAAACAAAAUCAAGUAAUAUGCAAUAAGUGAAAUGUGCAAACUCACCCGUUGGUGCAACCAUAUGCAGAUAUGUCACAAACACGUGGUUGUCAAAACUAGUCAAUCACAACUAUCUUAGUUCAAAGAAGGAUAAACCGGAUCCUACGUUCCUCGUGAGAUUGUAAAUUUGCACUCUACCGCAAUUCCAUAAUAAUGAAGCUGGUGCAGUUUAUGAUGAACACCGGCAAAAUCCGUCUGGGAGUCUUGAAAGGCGAUAAAGUAAUCGAUCUCAACUCCCACGCUAAUUGGGUACCGAAUAACUUGGUCGAGUUUUUGCAUGAACACGAGAGCGCCGAGAAACUGCUUAACGAGAUGUCUUCUAGUCCAGAAAAUUUAAGUUACUCGCUGUCUCAAGUUCAUCUACUGCCGCCCAUUAAAAAACCUGACAAAAUAUUGGGAGUUGCCCUCAACUAUAGGGAUUUUUGUGAACAAAAUAAUCUUGCUCCGCCAAAGGAGCCCAUAGUUUUUAGCAAAUUUGCGUCAACGAUCAUCGGACCUUAUGACCGAAUAAGACACCCUAAAUCCAGCAAAGCAGUGGAUUGGGAGGUCGAGUUGGUAGCUGUGAUAGGUAAAGUAGCCAGAGACGUGAAAGCUGAGGACGCUUUCGAAUACAUUUUCGGAUAUACCGCCACUCAAGACCUGACCGCGAAAGAUUGGAUGCAGAGAAAUGGAGGACAAUUUUUGCUAUGCAAAAACAUGGACCAUUUCUGUCCGCUCGGGCCCUAUGUUGUGACAAAAGAUGAAAUUCCCGAUCCACAUAACUUAAAUUUAAAGACCUGGGUAAAUGGAGAAUUGAUGCAGAAUGGCAACACAAGCGAUCUUAUAUUUAAAAUUGAUCAUUUGGUCGAGCACUUGUCCGGGGUCAUGACACUCCUGCCUGGCGAUAUUAUUUGUACGGGCACCCCAGCCGGUGUAGGGUCUACCAAGAAACCUCCCACAUUUUUGAAGCCCGGCGAUGUUUUAGAAAGCGAAGUGCAGUAUGUUGGAAGGUUAAAGAAUUUGGUAGUUAAUUAAUUAUAAAAUAUACCUAUAUACAUUUU